UCUCCAUUUUGGGUCACAAGUAACAUUUCGUAGAAGAAGAAAAAAACAUCAUGUGACCUGUCAUAACUCUGUUCAACAUGGCUACCACCGUCUCUGCUUUUCAUCGAACUAGGCAUGGAUCGAAAUUGGGUGCCCAAUUCGAUCAAGACGGCAACCUUGUUCAGGUGGAGGCUCGGGAAGAUGAAGAGCAAGGCAUCAAGCUGGCGGAGAUCCUUGAGCUGCUUUUGGCUGCCGGAUAUUUCAGAGCCCGCAUUAAAGGACUGUCCCCUUUUGAUAAGGUGGUUGGCGGGAUGACCUGGUGCAUCACCACAUGUAACUAUGACAUUGACAUUGAUCUUCUUUUUCAAGAAAACUCAACAAUUGGCCAGAAAAUUGCAUUGACUGAGAAAAUUGUGUCUGUUUUACCAAAAAUGAAGUGUCCUCAUCAUCUGGAGCCUCAUCAAAUCCAAGGCCUUGAUUUUAUCCACGUGUUUCCAGUAGUACAGUGGCUGGUGAAGCGAGCCAUAGAGACCAGAGAGCAAAUGGGUGACUACGUGAGAGCUUACUCCAUAUCUCAGUUCCAGAAAACGUACAGCCUUCCAGAGAAUGACGACGUUUGCCAAAGAGCCAAAGUAGUGGGAGCAGUCUUUGAUUUGCUGGAAGUAUACAAACCACAGAGAAAGUACAGAAGACAGAAGGAUGCCGGAGAACUACUGGAUGAAGAGUCCAAGGUUCACUCGACUUUACUGGAAUAUGGCAGGCGACAUGGAUUCAGCAAACAAUCCAAACAAGACAAGCUGGAUGACAAAAAAGCUAUCCUGGCUAAGGACCCUGUGACAGAGGUGUCGGAGGAAGAAGCUCUGUGGGCAGCAGAGGAGAAACGUAUCAAAAGUUUAAUCACCAGGAUGGCUGCAAUGGCUGAUGAAGAGGGCCAACUGACUGCAAGCACAGUGGGGCAUAUAGUUGGACAACAGUCUGAGGAGAUCAAACUCAUCGCUUCUGAAUAUGCCGAGAAGCACUUGGAGGUGUCCUCAGAGGACUUUACAGAGCGCUAUGGCCCGUUGCAGCAGCACCUCAGAGCUGUUGCCUCUCUUAAAAAACAAAUACAGCAGAAGACUGACCAACUUGGUGAGCUACAAGCCAAUCUUGCAGAAGUAAAGAGAGGUUGCAACGAGGCCAAGAAAAAACUGCUUGAGGCAACAGAGCAAUCAGAGAGAAUGAAGAAUGAGCUGAUGACUUUAGAGGACAUGGAAGGUCAAGCUGACAGCAGCAUGUUGGAGAAGCUAAGGGGUCUGGUAACAAUGAAUGAAAGCUUGAAAGUACAAGAGCAUGAGUUCCGUACCCACUGCAGAGAUGAGAUGACGCUUCUGCAAAAGAACAUUGAAGAAUUGAGGACAGCAUCUGGGCAGGGUACAGAGGAGGACAAGGAAAGGAACCAACUGAUACACAAACAGUAUAACACAGAUCAAGAGAAACUACAAAAGAUCCGCCUACUCAUGGCUCGGAGGAAUCGUGAGAUUGCCAUUUUGCAGAGAAAAAUCGAUGAAGUACCAAGCCGGGCAGAACUAACGCAGUACCAGAAGAGAUUUGUUGAACUCUAUAGCCAAGUCUCAGCAACACACAAAGAGACCAAACAGUUCUUCACAUUGUAUAAUACCUUAGAUGACAAAAAAGUUUACCUCGAGAAGGAGGUUAAUUUGCUGAAUUCCAUUCAUGACAACUUCCAACAGGCGAUGUCAUCCUCAUCAGAUAAGGAGCAAUUCCUCAGGCAAUUGGAGCAGAUUGUCGAGGGACUCAAACAGAGUCGCAUCAAGAUGGAAAAGAAGAAGCAAGAGAACAAAAUGAGAAGAGAUCAGCUGAAUGACGAGUACCUGGAGUUGCUCGACAAACAGAGACUUUAUUUCAAAACUGUCAAAGAUUUUAAAGAGGAAUGUCGAAAGAAUGAAAUGCUGCUGUCCAAGCUGAGAGCUAAAGGAGCAUCUUAGCUGUAAAGGGGUUGUUUCCAUCACAAAUACUGUAUGUAAUCUGUUCAGAGAUUAUUUAAAGUAAUAAUCUCCCAUGCUGUUUGUUUCCAUCUGUGCCAUAAGCUAAAUGAAAAACAUCUUCCAGUUGUCUUACCAGUGUCACAACCACGGUGGUCGUAGCCACAGAUUUGCUCAAGAAGUCAGGUAAAAUGAAAAAAAAAAUUGUUAGGUCCUGUAUUAACUUGUAGACUGAUAUUUGUGAAUAGUCGGCUCUCACAUGAUCGCUCACUCUUAUUGUCAUUUUCGGAUUAACCAUUUUUUGCUUGUUUUUGUUAUUUCUUCAAAUCCUGAAAUUGCUUCACAGAAUGCUAAUUUCAUAUUUUCAUGAGGCUUCUAUAUCUUUACCUAUAAUUAGCAUCAUUAAUUAAUUAU